CUCAGAUUUGUACUUUGGUGUUGACAAAAGAGGUGAGAAGAGAGACAACCUGGCAAAUUAUCGCUUAAUUUACUCUUCUCGUCCUUUGGCUCCCAGAAUGACACGCAAAGCGGAAGUUGUGCGAAAUGAACAGUGGGGAAAGCAGUGGCAGCAGCAACUAUGACUCACUCCAUGCGGCACUCGUACACUCUGGCAUCACCUUCAGCGACACUGUGGUACAGAAGGAGAACGAGGAGGCAGUGGACGACCCAUCAGGGCAGCUGGGAAGCCAAAAUGUGAAUCUGACAGUAAUGCAAAAUGCACAGCCGCAUUAUCCAGUUGUGCAAAACCAGUCUACGUUGCCCCAGGAACAGAGUGCGCCGCAUAAGAAGAAGAAGCAGACCACCCUCAAGGAACACAUGAAGAAGAUCGUCAUGAAAUGCGAGUGGAACAUGUGCCACAGCGUCUUCUACAAGAUGGAACCCUUCGUGACACACGUUGCCGAACAUUGCGCAUGCACAAAGGAUCAUCUGACGGGCGACGGUUAUAUCUGUUACUGGCGGGAAUGCGGCUUUGCGUGUCCAACCACAGAGGAACUAGACCGUCACAUCUUCUUCCAUGCCUUUCACACAAAGAUCAAAAGUUUAGGGACGGUGGUUCUAAAGGAAAAGAAUUACCACUGCUCUCUAGACUCCUCAGGAUGCAACAUGAUCCCAGAGAUCCCAGAGCCCUUCCAGUGCAUGUGGGAGGAUUGCAAGGUGUCCUUCGCCUCGGCACAAAAUUUCUACUGGCAUGUUCAGAGCCACGUUGUGUGCUCCGACCCCAAUACCGACAAAGUGUACAAGUGUUUCUGGGAAGGUUGUUCGACAGUGUUCACCCAGAAGAUAAAGCUCAGAGACCACAUGAGAAGCCACACUCAGGAGAAGCUCGUGGGAUGUCCGAACUGCGGCAUGAUCUAUUCCUGCAACACCAAGCUAUACGAUCAUUGCAGUCAGCAGAUUCCAUUUGAUAUGUUACACUACAAGUGCUCUCACUGCUCAAGAAAGUUCGGAACUGAGAGACUGCUAAGAGAUCACCUGCGGCAUCACAUCAACCUCUUCAAGUGCUCUGAGUGCGACAUGACCACCCCUUCCAAGUCAACCCUAGCAACUCAUUUCCGUUUCAGACACUCCAAAGAGAAGCCACACAAGUGUCCUCAGUGUGGCCGUGGGUUCAAACAUACUUUUGACUUGGUUCGCCACAUGACCACCCACUCUGAAGAGCCAGCGUACGUGUGCCCAUAUGAAGAAUGCGAUUUUGCUGCAAAGGCUGUGACCACCUUAAUGAGACACGUUAAGAGGAAACAUAAUGGAAUGAUGGAAAAGCCAUACCUGUGCCAUAUAUGCAACAAAAAGUAUGAUGUGGGAUACAGCCUCUCCAAACACCUUAUGCAAGUUCACAAUUUCCAUUGUCCAUCUGGGCACAGUAGAUUCAGGUACAUCCAAGACGAAGAUGGCUACUACCGCCUCCAAACAGUCCGUUACGAGAGUAUAGAACUAACGCAAGUCAUGGCAAAUGAACUGGGAGAAGAGAAUCAGAACGGGCAGGCUGCAGAUUCGCCGCAGGUUGUGAACUCCCCUGCGACGACGGUCUCGGCUUGCGAGGGAGAGAAUACCACCGGUGGGGAGAAUGGAGGGGUUCCUCUAACCCCCCGGUCUUUCAAUGAAGUGCAGGAGAAUUCAAAGGAACUUCAAAAGCGCAUCAAUAUAAAGCCACCGAGCAUAGACAAGCAGAUGGCGAACGAAGACAUCAUCUUGCCCUCAGAGUACUCAGGGCAAUCUUAAUAACAAGCAGAGGCACCUUUUAUCAGUACAUUCCUUUGUUGCUGCAGUCGUACAUUUUAGGUCAAAAAAUGUUCAAGUGUUUAGUCAUUUUGUGAGAAAAGGAAGUUUUGUUUGUUUCUGGAUUGGUUGGUUGGUGCUACCAGUGAAAAAUCGUUUGUCAGAUUGUGCUUGAGAUUUAUUGUAUGAAAUGACAGGUAUUGUGGUUUUACUUACAAUAUGUUAUAUUGAAUUAUGUUUCUCAGUUUUAUGUUGUGUAACGUCAUUCAGUGUAAUUUCUUUUUUCCAACAUUUUAUUUUUUCUCUCAUUUUUAAGAAAGGCUAAUUAAAAAUACACAACAGUUUUUAGAGUAUGAGUUUUACAGGCUAAUAUAUUUGGUUUUAGUGUCCUGAAAGAAAGACAUCUGUUUCAUAUUGAGGUUUUAAUUCAAUCAUGGGACAAGUUCUUUAAUUUUUAUGAUCUUUUCUUUUCUAUUUUAAUAUUUAUUUAAUAAUGAAGGAAUAUUCACAAACAAAGUAGAUUCAUUUAUAGAUACAGUUUGUUUUGCAUUUGAGAAUUUGAAAAGGCAAUUACUGAAACUGUAACUCUACACGGCUGGAAUUUUCAUGUAUGAGAAGUACUGUGCAUGACUUAGGUAUGGUUUCGUAGACAGACAAGAAUAAAUGCUAUGUCAUUUGCUUGUAAAAUAAGUGUAAAUCCUAUAUGAUACCAAAUAUGAAUGCAAGAGAACAAAAUAAACUUGUUUACUUUAGCAAACUAGACACCCAUUACAAAGCAGCUGUUUCUUUAUGUGAAAUACAUUGUGAGAGCCAUUAGUAAAUUUGAAAUAAAGUGUAAAAGGCAUUA